AUUUCAACAGGAAUAUCCACUGAAGUUGAUAAUAUAAAACUUCAUAAUAUGUUCGCUCAUUGGACCAUUAGUCGUCAACAGCCAUUUUUCAUAAUAGAAGAUCCUGAAUUAAUUGAAAUUAUGCAAUAUCUAAACCCCAUAGCACAACUAGUUAAAGCGGAUGUGCUUAAAAAUACAAUUAUGGUACUUUAUAACUCUGAAAAACAAGAAUUAAAG